GGACAAAAGAAAGGCUGGAUGUCAAAAGAUCUAGACAAGUUAUUUACAUUUGGGCAGUGCGUGGUGGAGUGGUGGAGGAAAAAGAGAGUGCAUCCACUUAUUUCUUCCUCAUUCAUCUCUUCAGAGGCCUGUUCUAUUGACUGAAGAAUGGCGCAGAAGGCAGAGAGAACGGCCUCUACUGACAGUGCCAAAACCGCCCAAGCAGCUGACGGAGCUGCUCUUAAGCCCGCCCUCAGGAAAACAGCAGGGGAUACACCAAAGAAAUCAAAAAACAAGAAGUCCAAUGAAGAAGUAUACACAAACCUGCUCAACAGUGUUUUUGGACAGGAGAGAGAGCUGUCCCAGCCAGAAUUGGAUGAGUUGGCGGAGGCCUUUAAGGAGUUUGACUAUGAUCAGGAUGGCUACCUGAACUAUAAGGACCUGGCUGAGUGCAUGAGGACUAUGGGCUACAUGCCCACUGAGAUGGAGCUGCUGGAGAUCAUUCAGCAGAUUAAAAUGAGGUUGGGUGGUCUGAUGGAUUUUGAUGAUUUCUGUGAGCUGAUGGGGCCGAGGAUGAUGGUGGAAACAGCUCAUAUGCUUGGACUGAAAGAACUAAAGUCCUCCUUUAAACAGUUUGAUACGGAUGGUGAUGGGAAGAUCACUCUGGAUGAGAUGAAAGAGGCAGCAAAGACUUUACUGGGAGAGAAACUGAAGAAAGGAGAGCUAGAGGAGAUUCUGAAGGAAAUGGACCUCAACGGAGAUGGCACUGUGGAUUUUGAUGAAUUUGUUAUGAUGCUGUCAGUGCAGUAGCCAUCACUAUAGUGUUAUUUAGGGACUUUCUAAAUUCCUGCUACAACGACUCCAGCUAC